AUGCGGUGGUGCAACUUCAGGAAGGCGCCCAAGGGCUGCAGCAAUGCACCCCUCACUCCAGACGAGUUCCUGGCGAUGCGGGCGGGCCUCCCAAAGAACGUGCAGGCUCUGGUCGACCUGGUGACGGAGAGCGCCCCGUGCACAUCGCGCGCUUGCCGGGCUUGCGAGCGGGUGCCAAAGCGGCCAUGGAUGGGAACAGGGCUG